AUUAAACGGGGGAAGUCCGUCCGGUGGAGAGGCAGAGCGACCGAGCGGAGGCAGGAAGAGGAGCACCUUCAGCCUUCUGCUGCCAUCGCAUGACUCCGGAUCCCGGACUCCUUUAUCCGAAAACCAAAUGAAGGCGUGCAGCGGUGUGUGUCGAGACUUUUCAACCGCGGACACAGUCUGCUGAUCGGGAUUAAAGGCGGAAUAGAUGAGCACGAUCGGGACAGAAGAGACCGAGAGAGAGAGAGCAGCUGAGCGCACAGGUUUUCCCUUGUGAUCCCUGACAGAGCGAGGACAGUGACACUGACUCGGCCAUUGUCUGCUCGCUGCUUCCUGACAGAGUGAGGCUCCCUGGGUGUCUCUGCUGUCCAUUGUGAUUGCGGAGAAGAAAGAAAGAUUCCAGCUUGUCUGCAUAAAGACCCAUUCAGCAUCAUUUCUCUUUGCCAGCCGCACUCGCAACCCCACGAACAGCAAAUGAAGUCUCAGCACUAUCCCUAGCCGGGAGCCCGUCCCUCCAUCCCCAGCCCCCUCUCCUCUAACACCCCCAAUCCCUAUCCCACUCUCCCCGGGCCCCGGCUUCAGCCUCAGCCCUCUGCCCCAUUCGGAGUCCCAGAUGACAGCUCCGAAACAUCCGUUACCCUCCCACUCCACACGAGCCUCCUUUCCUCUCUCUCCAGCCCCCGUGGCGCUUGGCACCAAUGCCCAUCACAUAGACAGAUGGAGCCAACCCUGACCCCUCUCCUCGCCCGUGGGGACGCCAAGAGAAUCAACGCCUGACUAGAGGAGGGGGGGGGCGGUGUGUCUGUGUCAGUGUGUGCGUGUGGGGGUGAGACAGGAAGGAGAGCGUAGGAGAGUAUUGCUUUGUCACCACGGCAACACAUCGCCUUGUCUCCCGUAGACUCCCCUUCAGACCAGCCCAAGGCCCUCGGAUAAAAACGCGCACAGCAGGAAAUUCAGCAGCAGGACCACUAGGGCCUUUUUUUCCCCCAAAAAUUGUGCCCGGUGUAUUUUUUGCUUUGGUUACUCGGCAGAGUUGUCUCGUCUCAUGUUUGUGUGGAGGGAAGAUGUGAGCAUUGAUACGAUUCUGAAUAAAGAAAACAUCACGUUCGAAGGAAACAGGAAACCACAACAAGACUGAUUUUGAAGGGAGGACUGCCCCUCAGUCUAAAGUGUCAGCUUUAGAGUUUUCUGAACACGGCAGAAGUUUCAUACUUCACACACACUUCCUCUUACCCCUGGCCUCUGCGGUCUAAAUGACAGUAAGAACAACCACAGUCACCUGGCAAAUAUAUAUUGACAUUUUUACUUGCAAAUACUCAGGAGGGAUUUUUUUUUUUUUUUACAGCGGGACAUCCACUUUUUUUCUCUCUGCUUUCUAAAUUGAAGAAAGCAGAAGAAGCUUUUUCCUGACAGCAAAACGGAAAUACACGCAGGACUUCCUUGGGCGUGCGUCUAUGCCUUUCUCUAAGCUCUAACGUCCUGCAUUACCUACUGCUAACUUCUCCAACAUCCACCUCAUGUCGCAAGGGCAUUCACAGUUCGACUGAGAAUCCCAGCAAGACCCAAGAUUCCAGCUACCCCACGUUUGCUGGAUGUUGUUGCCGUCUUCUAACCCACUCUGCUGACCACCGUUCUUGAUUAGCAUAGAAUGUGAGACAACCAAUUUUAGGAGAGCCACGAAUCAACAAUGAAAUGAGACACUAAUGGUUGGUGAAAUGAAUUCAGCGGGCUGACAUAACAGAGGGGGGAAUACCGGAGUCCCAAAGCUACCCAGAAAGUCUUGAUUCAAGGGCGUGUACUCUGAGUAGAAGCAAGAACAAUCCCCCACGGAGCCCAGACAUUGUGGUGGUGGUGGCUGAUGACUCUUCUGAGACAAAUGGGCUGAUGAAGCUGGCGAGACCUUCUGUGGAUGUUUGGAUUCUGUGCUUUGGAUGUUGAAGCUAUAAGGCAGAUCCAGUUCAUGAGAGCUAAAUCAUUUGGGACCAAAAGACCAAGACAUCAUCAGUUUAGAAUAAGAGAAAGGUGGAAAGCUACAACACACUGAGCUCAGACAAGUACAUUUGGUGUAUUACAGCCGUGUCUUGUGUAUUGUUGCCACCAGUUCUCUGUUGGUCCUGACACUCUCACGGUGACUGCUGGUGAGUGAGAUAAGGACAUAAAGGAUUAUCACGUGGAUUCUGUCUUCUCUGUGGUGGUGGCGACCUUAUUCCGAAGGGUGGCAGUGGUAUCAGGAUGCCUGAACUGGACAACUUUGCCCCCCUUAGGGCUUCCAGAGGCUCUGAGCCUGCCCUGAAUAGUGCAGACCCACUUCGGAUCCAGCACAGCAUCCUGGAGGAGCAGGUGGAGCUGUGGUGGUUCAGAGAUCCUGGGAAGUCUCUGCUCUGCUACUCCGUGGCUGUUCUUCUAAUCCUGGGAUGCGGUCUCGGUGGCGUCGGCCUUCUAUCCACCACCACCAGCGUCUCAAGCGAAUGGCGGCUGGGCGUAGGCACGGCCCUCUGCCUGCUGGCCCUGGGAGUCCUGCUCAAACAGCUGCUCAGCUCGGCUGUGCAGGACAUGAACUGCAUUCGAAGCCGGCAGCGGAUCAACAUGCUAAAAAGUGGCGGUUUAUCGGACCUCCUCGUGGUUUUAAUUACUGGGUUGUCACUGCUGAUCUGUGGAGGGGUCCUACUACAUCUGGCCCUGGUCAACCACAUGCCGAAGCCCGGUCAAGCCCUCAAUGACAUGUACAUCUCUGGAGUGGUUUUGCUGGCUGGAGGAGGGGCAGCUGUUGUUGGAGUUGGGAUAUACUCUUUUGUUGUGCUCCUGCUUGAAAGGACAAGGCACGGACGAAGGCUGAUGGACCGAGUUUUGAACAUCUUCACUGUGUCCGGACACAUGGACCGCCAGGGUCGCAGAGAGACUACCUCCAGUCUGGCUAAUCUCAUAUGAGAUGUACGACUCACUAACAUUCAGCCCCAACUAAAUUAGAGCGGGCUGUAUACCCAAAUAUCACAAGAAAUCUGAUUAGACAGGAUUCAUCCCUCCCAUGCUUCUGUCGCCAGCUGAUUAAACUAUAUGAGUUGGAUUCGUAAUAUCUGCUUGGUGAGGAUGUCAGCAAUAAGCAAUCAAAUCUCAGACCCAGGUUGAAAAGAAUCACUCUACAGCUCACAAAGCAGCAAAAUGCCCAGUUCAGAUUUUUUUUUCCUUGUGACAAGGCACAAAUUGCUCUGGCUUAUCAUUAACAGUACAAAUGAGUGGUAUUUGAAAGCUUAAAUCAGCAUUGAAUUAAUGUUCGGUAACUUUUAGUCCAUUCACACUGGACAGAUGCCAAAAUGCUGGUGCCCGAGGCAGUUUGGCAGAGACAGUUUUGCAGGGCACCAACAAAAAGAGCAUGGAAAAGAAGUUAAAAAAAGAAGUUAAAACAAAACUUGACUCAAGUGGUAUUUAGGGAGAUCUGGUGGAAUGAAAAGCACACAUAGUAGCUGAAACACAUCUAAAAGGGAUGUGGGAGAGGUGUUGGUUCACAAACAGAAGGGAAGUCUUUUGAUGUUAUUGUCAGUGGAUAGUUGAAGCAGUCUGGAUUCCAACACAAACGCCUGUGGUGUAAGCACAGCUUAAAAUGAAAUGACUCAUUUCAUUUGUAUAUAAAGCACUUAUCCACGUGAUGUUUAAACUUGAAGUUGUAAAGGAAUAAUGCCUUCACAGAUGAAGACACAGAAACCCAUCUUGUUGUCACUAGGGUCGUGUACAAAUUGGUCUUGGACAAAUACAUCAUCCGUGUCCUUGGGCCACACAUCUGACCACCACCUGCUCAAUAUUGAAAGAUAUAAGAGAAACGGCUGAAAGGCAACAAUUGAAGUGGAAGGUACAGAGUGACUUUUUGGAGAGAACAUACAGUAUAUAUAUGGGAAAAAACAAACAAAUAACUUUUUAAUUUGUUUUUAUUCAAUGCACCACCCUCAAUCUGUCUACGUUCACGUGAAGAAGACAAUAUUCAGCUGUCAGAUUUGAGGGACUGUCUGACUCUGGGUCAACGGGGGAAACUCCGGCUAAUUCAAAUGACUUCUUCUGAUCCCAUUUAAUAAUUUGACAUAAUACAUGCAAUGGGACUGUGGUGUCAGAACCUCACAAUAACAUCUGUCUGUGUGUAUGAUACAAGACAACAUGAUUGUUGGAGAGUUAUAUCACAGCACUUUAGAAUGUAUGAAUUACUGGUGUUUUUUGCGCAUCAAAACAUUGUAUUAACUGGUAAUCUUGCAGCACUUUGUUUUCCUUGAACCUGCUUUAAUUUAUAUUUUUAUAUUAACACUGAUCCAAAUUACUGCGUGUAAUGUAAAUGGUCAUCCAUCGUGCUGAAAUCAUGAAACACCAAUCGCCUCAGCUCUCUUGAUCUUAUCAGCUUCCCGGCUUAUUGUUCUAUCAUUUGUUUGAGUCUCAUCGUUCUUGCUGACAAACAUUUCAACCAUAAAGCUCUGUUAGACUCCACUGUACACCUGGGCUACCAACAACCAACAUGCAUACAAUGUGGCUGAUAAGCUACCUAGCAUCCUGCCUAGCUAAUGACUCAGAUUUCCCUCUAGGAGUUGGUGGGUACCGAAUCAGAGCUGAGGAGACAAUAAGCAGCUACUGGACUUUAUCUGAAACAGAACUCUAUAUAAACACCAUUGUGUCUGCUUCGUUGGUCGACAUCCAUCAAGGCUAUUUCAUGCCAUCUAGUCUGCUCCCAGAGCAGUGGACGGACAUGUCACAAACUCUUCUUAUUUCAAAAAGAGUUUUUUUUCCGACAAGUCGCAGACACCCGAGGCUGCACUGGACACAAGCCAGCAGUGGACCGUCAUAAAUCAAAGAAAACAAAUAAAUGUAUUUCCCAAAGCGUUUAA